UGGUUCACAGGACGCCUGAGAGCUCCUGACGCUGCGCACGUUUGGAUAGCAAGAGGAAAAUGUGGCAGCUGGGCAAGCACGACAGCGCCAUGGACGCCCCACGCAUUGCACGGCCAUGGACACCGCCCGAGACGGAUGCGGAAUCCAGUCCAAGAUCCGACUACUUCUCGGAUUCUUUCAGAGGCCCCGACUCGGCCUACUCUUCCUUCACCGAGCACCGCUGGCCGCCAAAUCGUCUAGACGAGCUUGCGAACACGAGCUCAAGAUGCGACACGCCUACCGACGACCACCUAUCAAGACCAAAGCCUAUCGCGACGCAUACAUUGCCUUUGCCGUAUACACCUACAAAGACGUUCGGCCUAGAUAAUGAGCAGGCGCAUGGGGCACCAGUAUACCCGUAUACACCAGACAGCUCGCGGAUACUGCGACGCAAUACUGAAGUCCAAUCGUCGCCUACACCGUGGGACGACUACCCAGAAGACUCGCCCUCGCCGGUACAGGACGCGCUCUCUUCGUGCAUUGCGCAGUUUGAGAACCUCAUACAGACGCGGCAGCCAGACGACGACCAGAUGGAAUACAUAGUGGGCCAGUUCGAAGCCAUAGCCAGCUACCUUUCCGCGCCAGAAUCGCAGACAAGGAAGACGGACGAGCAGCUCUCCGCCGAGCAAGAAGGCAGCACUGGCCUAGGCAUCACAAGUUCCACAGAAGCGACGCGCGAUUCGCAGACGUCUGUCCAGGUCAAUGAGGAGUAUGUGGCCGAGGUGGGACGUUACAUUGCGGGCGUAAAGACCUAUAUUGAAGAUCUGAAGAUGCGCCUGGAUGAAGUCAAGACGUUGAACAGCAUCCAAUUAGAAGUCAUCGAUGAUCUACGCCGGCAGAUGAAGACGGUGCGCCAGGAGAUGCGCACUUCACUCGACAUGCGAAAAGAUCUCGACCAGGCAGAAGCAGAGCUCGCAGACAUUGGAGAUGGCCAAAGCAACGACGAGCUCGAAGGGGCUGCACCAGGACGCGAGCAGAAAGAGUUUGGCCUCGAGAGCUGGGAAACCAUAGCCAACGACGAUGCUUCCUCUCCGCGAAGAUGCCCUCCAAAUGGCACCGAUGAGAUCAGCAAAUCGAGAAGGGAAGAGAAGCUUUCUAAGACCGAAGACCCUUGUCCUCCACCACCACCGAGACGCAAAGUCAGAAGAAUCCUUCGCAGACCACAGCAACAAAGUUUCUGGCAGGCUCUGGCCGAAGCGCUGGAUGCCUUUGGCGGUUUAUUCUUCGAGGACUGAAAUAUUUGAAAGAAGCUACUAGACCACCCACCGUACGAGCGCGCCUUCCCACAGAUCACACCACUUCCUUCCUACUUUGAGCAUGCACGAGCGACUUACCACCACACCACCACCACCACACACACUUUCGCUCACAGCACAAAUCGACACAACACGACACGACAUCAACGCCAAUAACGAAAUCCCUUUUGUCUGUUACCCAGUCUAUACUUUUUCCUUUGUCCUUUGUCCCUUGUAGCUCUGACAUCCCGCAUAGCGAAGGCGCCUGCUUGUUUGUUGAAUCUGCGGAAACCGAAGUAAAUCUCUUUUGUAUAUGGGAUUUGCAUAAACUGGGGAAAGGCAAUAUACCCUGCUUG